GUUUGAAGUUUGCAAGUUUGAUUGACUUUGUUGACGUGAUUUUGUGAUAAUUUACUGUUUCAUUCAGUACCGAACACUUUCAUUAUUAUUAAUACAGACUGACAUUUGUUUAUUAGUGCCUAUUUUUAUUAAUAUUAUAUUUAGCUCUAAUUUAAAUUAUUUACAAUAAUGUGACUGAUUGUAUUGUGCUGUGUAAUUUGACCACGAAUAUCGAACGAAAACUUGUUCAAUGUUUUUAUUAUCGCACAAUCACUUAAAUAGCGUAACAAAAGCCUGUUAACACCCCCAUAAAUCGUCAUCCAAUCAAAUCACAGUAACACUCAAGAUUUUUAUUAACUAUGGAUAAUCCGGAAGCUAGUGGGAGCCGCUCGGCUUUAAUAGAGCCAACGUCAUGGUGCCACCCUGCCAAUAAAGUGCAUAGAUUUCUAGCACUUCUACUUAUGUGCUUUCUUUGUUUUGGUUCCUAUUUCUGCUAUGAUACACCAGGAGCGUUGGCCGACAACUUUAAAGAUGACUCACAUUUGAAUACCUCUCAGUUUGCACUACUUUACUCUAUAUACUCAUGGCCAAAUGUGGUGUUGUGUUUCAUUGGGGGCUAUCUCGUUGAUAGGUACUUUGGAGUAAGACUAGGAACUGUAAUUUAUAUGACUAUAGUGUUUAUUGGCGCUGUUAUUUUCGCAUUUGGCGUCUACAUUAAUGCAUUCUGGGUGAUGAUACUUGGCAGAUUUGUAUUUGGAAUUGGCGGAGAAUCGUUACAAGUUGUGGUGAACAAUUAUGUCGUGCUUUGGUUCAAAGGCAAGGAACUCAACAUGGUAUUUGGACUACAGUUGUCAUUCUCGAGAUUUGGAAGUACUGUCAACUUUUGGGUCAUGGAGUCUGUUUAUAGAUGGGUCGCCACUUACUAUGCAGGAUACGAACGAUUGGGAGUCACGCUUUUCCUAGCAUCACUAACUUGUUUUGUUUCUCUCAUUUGUGGCGUGAUCCUUGGCUGGAUGGAUUACAGAGCUGAGAAAAUUCUGGGACGACAAGACCCACAAAGCAACAAUGAACCUUUCCAUUUGACAGACAUUAAACAUUUCCAAACAGUAUUUUGGCCACUGUGUGUUAUCUGUGUGGCGUAUUAUUUAGCCAUCUUUCCGUUUAUUGCAUUGGGAAAGUUGUUCUUCGAGAGAAAGUUUGAUUUCUUACCACAAGAUGCAAACAAUGUAAACUCGAUGGUUUACUUCCUGUCGGCUGCAUUAAGCCCGUUCUUUGGAAUUCUUAUUGACAAAACAGGAAGGAAUGUGACAUGGGUUAUUAUCAGUAUUGUAACAACUAUUGGAGCUCACUUUAUGCUGGCUUUUACGUUUUUCAAUCCUUAUAUUGGAGUGAUUACCCUUGGAAUAUCUUAUUCCUUAUUGGCCAGUGGGCUUUGGCCUCUAGUGGCUUUGAUUGUACCAGAACACCAGCUGGGGACAGCUUAUGGAAUAUGUCAAGCAGUUCAGAAUAUGGGCUUAGCCACAGUGAUUAUUCUCGCAGGAGUAAUAGUUGAUAAAUAUGGAUAUUUGAUGCUGGAAAUGUUCUUCCUAGGAUGCCUAUUCAUAUCGCUUAUUUCGGCAAUUCUGAUAUACAUUAUGGAUUCGGCUAGCAAUGGAGUACUUAAUAUGUCGCCGAGCAUGAGGGAAUCUACCAAACCGCCUUCUAGAAAUGAAGGGAGUGACGAAACUGCGACCCUAUUGGACAAUGAAGAUUUUACGGACCAGGAAGAAACGGAUUCAAGGAGGCCCUCCGAGUCACACGACCUGCCUGCGAACCCCCGCGACUCCGCACAAGCCCAGUCCGAUAGGAUACGAAGUAGAUACUUAUCACACAUACUGACUACUAGUAAUUCCGAAAGACAAUAGACCUGACAUUAUUUUGAUAGAUUACUGUAAAUAAUUAAUUAUAUAACUUUAUUUUUAGAUCAUGUAGAAUAAUAAAACAAAGAAGUGUAUACAUUUUUACUGAAAACAUUUAUACCGGUGAAUUAAAUAUCAUAGUAACAGUAA